AUGGAGCAAUUCUGGCGUAUCAUUGCACCCGAGCGCAGAGAAGUGACGGGUUGUCUCGGCGAAUUAGUUGAGGCCUUGAUUUCCGGCAGCGCUGCGAAUAUCGUCCCUUUACUCGCAGUCCCGCUGAAUGCGCAUAGGUCUGUUCACAAAUCAUCAGUCAGUAUGCAAGUUUUACUAACGCUGUUUAUUUCCAGCCACGAGAAAUUGGAGAUGGAUCCAGGUGAAAAUAUCGAAGAUGAAGAAGAAGAGGAGUGUGUGAAACGACCACAAACUAAUAACCUCCCCCAAAGCCACUGGAGCAAAGCCGCUCGAAUCGCCGAUCAUGAUGCAACUUUUCAUCCCAGUGGGCAGAUACGCUCAAAAUGUUUCUAUACCCUUCCAUCAAAGAUCCACAACCUCAUUUUCGACAGUCUGGAUGACAUCGACGAUAUCCUGUCUUUGAGCCUGACCAACAAAUACCUCUGGGCUGUUGGCUUGACAUAUAUCGAAGAUCGUAUCGUGACGUCUUUGGCACCGUGGGCUGGGGAGCGUAUCAUCUGUGUCAGCGACUAUAGUGAUCCAAAAGAUUUCCCGCCAGGGCUGCUCAGUGCAGAUGAACAAGCGGAUUUGGAGCAUCUGAAUCGCGUGCAUCAUCUUGAGACAUUUACUGUUGAUAACAUAUGGAAGAAAACCGGUGGACCAUCGUUGGCACAGAGGCUUCGGGACCGAUUUACGAAGUGGGAGGCUAUGCAUCCCAUGUCUGAGGCUAAUCGGACAGAGAUCCUGAUGGGUCUCAAGCCUGAAAAAUUGGAAUUCUAUCCACAUGACCAGCCGUGGGUUCUCCGAAAUCUGACGACGAAGGAGUAUGUCCGUGGUGAGGCGAUUGCGCUCAAAACAUCAUUCAUUCAUGGACCGCAGAUUGAGGUACUAGGCUUUGCGGAGGUUUUGCUCGCGCGCAUAUCCUGGUCGAGUCGGCCGGUUGAUAUUGGGCAUGGGAGGAUUAUGUCUCAUGGGAAGUGGGCGGGGCAUCGGUUUGAUAUUGUGCCUAUUGCCUGUGUUGUGAAAAGUGCUGGUCAGGCUUGGACUGAUGUGAGCAAUGAGAUUCUGAGAGAGAUUGAUUUGAUUAUUACUAGCCGGAAAGGGGAUGAUUGGCGUGACAAUAUGGCAACGCGGAAUCAGAAACUCACACUUCCUGUUGCCCUUGAGUUUUCUUGA